GGAACUUUUGACCACAACCCGCUCUCAUUAGCGCACAGUCCUCCUAAUGAAAGCAUUGCGUCACCCUUGAUUCAAUGUUCUCUGAAUGCCUCCCACUCUGAUGUUGAGAAACCGUUUGUGUGCGCUUGUGGCAUUUCAUUUUCGGCUGACGAAACGCUCAAGGCUCAUCGCCAAUACUACUGCAAAUUAGUAGAACGCGAUGACGACAACAACAAGGAACCUCCAAAAAAGUUCGAACCCGGUUCGCUGUCCCAAUUGUCCGUGCACGUUCGAACAGUGCACAAUGAUGUACAGGCGUACGUAUGCCGCUUGUGCGGUUAUCGCGGAUUCAGCCUUCGGGGAAUUCGAUGUCACAUGAGGAAGGCGCUCGAAGCUGAUACUCGCUAUACCCCAACCGUGAGAUCUAUUGCUUUUGUUUAG